ACGAUCUGAGCUCUCAGUCUAUGAACGGCUCAUUACUUGCGAUGACAGCUCGUUCCUCUUCUUCUCUUCCACAGAUCUGAGCGUUCCGUCUUGGAAGCGGAGGGGCGGCUCGGCCUGGACACGCAGCGGUGUCAGCGGAGAUGCGGCGACCCCGGAAGUCGGCUCCGUGGUUGGGCUCAAAGGUGGCCGCAGGUGGGAAUGGUCGAAGGUCUUGCGCACCUUCACGGGUGUCUACUUUGCUUAUGCACAACGCCAGGUGGGAAUGGUCGAAGGUCUUGCGCACCUUCACGUGUGUCUACUUUACUUAUGCACAACGCUAGGUGGGCAAUCGCUUGUUAGGUAUUUGGCGCUUGCUUGCCUCGAAAGCCUCCGCUCAUUUCUUAAGCUAGGCCACGGCACACCCAAGCAUUUUUUCUUCAUGAGAGACAGAGAUCCGGAAGAAAUAAGCUUACUAGCUAUGGUGAACUCAGAGGCUGAAUCGAGUGGUGACGCUGCACGAGCACCGCAAGGUGAGUACCAAGUGUUCUUGAAUUUCAGAGGACCGGACACUCGCUAUGGAUUUACGGACUUCCUCUAUCAUAGCAUGGUAGAUGCGGGAGUCCGUGUAUUCAGGGACGAAGAUGAACUUUGCGUUGGUGAAGUGAUUGGUGGGAACCUUCUAAGUGCUAUCAACAACUCCAUAAUUUAUAUACCCAUCUUCUCUCGGACUUAUGCUUUUAGCAAAUGGUGUCUUCGUGAGCUUGAGCGCAUAGUAUACUAUGCAUCUCAAUUAGAGGAUAAAAAAAGUAUCAUUCCCAUUUUUUUUCAUGUGGAACCUGAGGACGUUAAGCUUAAGACUCCACUAUAUAGCGAAGCUUUAUUGGAACACGCAAACAAGUUUCCUGAAGAAGUCGAGGCAUGGAGAAAGGCUCUUGCAAAGGUAGCCGAAAUCAAGGGAUGGAACGUAAAAGAGGAUCAAAGCCAAGUCUCGACUAUCAAAUUGGUUGUUAAAAAGGUUUUGGAGAAACUGGAGCUAAAACAAAAAUCAUUGACUAAACAUUUGCUCGGACUUGAUGAUCGGGUAAAGCACAUGACAGAGCUAUUAGAUGUCAACCAUUGCGAUGUGCGGCUCAUUGGAAUUUAUGGAAUGGGUGGCAUUGGCAAAACGACACUUGCCAAAGUGGUCUUCAAUGAACUAUCUUUGCACUUUGGAAAGUGUUGUAGCUUUCUUGAGGACGUUCGAGAAAGCAUGUCGACCAAAGACGGCAUAGUCCAAUUGCAAAAAAAACUUCUAUUUGACAUUGUUGAUUCUAGAUGUGCAGAAGGAGUCAAGGAUAGUGAACAAGGAAUGAGGAAAACUGGAGAAAUACUCGGCACAAAGAAGGUUCUUGUGGUUCUUGAUGAUGCUGAUAAUAAAGACCACAUUAAGAAACUAAUAGGAAACAAUUCAUUACAUUCAGGAUCUAGAAUAAUUAUUACAACGAGAAACAAGACUAUUAUGGAAGAUAAGGUAUUUAAAAGUAAAAUUAUACUAUAUGAGAUGCUUAAGAUGGAUGAUGCUCUUGCACUUCAACUUUUUUGUUGCCAUGCCUUUGAUAGAGACUUUCCUUUGGAUGGUUAUGAUGCACUUUCUAGUGAGAUUGUCUCAAGUACAGGAGGGCUUCCUUUGGCUGUUGAAGUGAUAGGUUCGCUACUUAAUGGGAAAGACAAAGCAUUUUGGAAAGAGACUGUCAUCAAAUUAAGGAAUGUACCUGCGGAAGAGAUUCUAAAGAAGUUGAAGAUUAGCUAUGAUGACCUAGACAAAUGUCAGCAAGAAAUUUUUCUCGAUAUAGCAUGCUUCUUUUUCAAUGAGAAGAAGACUGAUGCAAUUUACAUGUGGGACGAUUGUAAAUUUUUUCCCAUGACAGGAAUUGAAGUCCUUACCAAUAGGUGCUUGAUAAAGAUAUUGGACAAUGAUAAGUUCUGGAUGCACGAUCAACUCAUAGACAUGGGAAGGCAUAUCGUUCGUCAAGAAAGCUUUAGUGACCUUGGCAAGCGAAGCAGGUUGUGGAUCGCAAAAGAGGCCCUUGAAAUCAUUAAAACUGAAGAGAGGAAGGACAAUGUUCAAGCACUUCGGAUAGAUGAAAUGGAUAGCUCCAUAGAGAUCACAAAUGGAGAGUUUGAAAGGUUACCAAACCUAAGAUUCCUUAAGUUAUGUAAUGGAACUUAUGCUGAGGACUUCGCAAAGUGUCCUUCAAAGUUGAGAUGGAUUUCUUGGCAGCCUCCUUUUCAGGAUUCUAGGGAUGUUGGGUACUUUGCAAAGUAUCGCUCAAAAUCGAGAUGGAUUUCUUGUCCACCUCUUCCUGAUUCUAGGGAUGCUGGGUACUUAGCAAAGUGUCGUUCAAAGUUGAGACGGAUUUCUUGGCGACCUCCUCUUCAAGAUAUUAGGGCAAACCAUAUGUAUUUGGAUCAUCUUGUCGUUUUUAAACUUGGUGAAAAUCGCUUCGCGAAUGAUUCAAAAGCAUGGGAUUUGAUCAAGAUUGUCCAAAGCUAGUUAAGCUACAAGUUGUGGGUCUUUCAAAAUCAUUGGAACACUUGAGCAUUCAAAAAUGUGAAUCUCUGAGAAGAAUAGGUGGGUUAUCAUACUUGAAGAACCUGGAGAUAUUGGAAAUCCGAUGGUGCGAAGUACUUCUACAUGUUGAGGGCCUGGAUGAGCUCGAGUCUCUAAAAUCCUUGGACGUCCUCAGGUGCCCGUCAUUGGGAAGUUUGAUUAAUGCAUCUUGCACAUAUAUACCAGAUGCUUGCGUAGUCAAUAUAAGGGAGUGCGGAGACUCCAUCAAAGCUUCUGGCGGACCUGUUGGGAGAAUGUCCUUGAAGAGGUACAUAGAGGGGACUCUUCUGUGCAAGUUGGAGCGUCCCUUCACAAUCAUAUUCCACCUUGGAGUAAAGAAGCCUAGUGAGUGGUCGCACUGUUUUGGUGGAAUAAAGAGGGAAAACAAAAAUGUCACUUCUGAUUCAGUGACAUAUAAAGGACUGAUUGCGGACGUUAAAGGUUUCGGUUUUCGUUUAAAGAGAAUGUGGUACGAGAGACCUGGUGAAUACUGCAACUUGCUCACAGAGAUCAAGAGUGAUGAGCAAGUGAAGGGAAUGGUGCAGCUAGCAUCUAAAAGAAGAUCAAUUCAUCUGUACGUCGAGGGAGGGGUUGACAGUGAGUGGGAGGGAGAAUACGAUGACGAGAUUAUGAAGAUGUUGAGGGACGAAUGGGCAGUGAAGACUGAUGUGUAUUCU